AACGAGAGAAACAAAUGAAGGGCAUUGAAAAUGAGCUGAUUAAACUAAACAGGGCUGUACCUGAAAAUGAGAAUGACUUUGAGGACAAGAAAUCUUAUAUGAAGGAAGAAUUAAGUAAAGGAUCUUCAGAAUUUGGGAACCGAAUGGGUUCAUACAGGUCAAAUCCAUUAAGAGAGAAUAUCUCUGGUCAGAGGGCCACAAUUGCAAAGAUAUGUGAAGAAGUUGGGCUUCAAAAGAUUUUACAAUUGUUGACAUCUGAAGACUCAGACGUCCAAGUUCACGCUGUGAAGGUGGUAGCCAAUCUUACUGCUGAAGGUGCACUUCAUUUGCCUGUAAUUUCUUUACGUCUGAAAUGA